AUGCAAGUGGAGAUCUCCAUGCACUAUUGAAAGUUGACAGUUCGGAGGCACUAAUCUGACAGGAGGUCGGUGUGAAAACAAAACACACAACGUUUUUUGGACAUAACAACUGCAGCUGCUUGGGAGGCAAAAAAAAAAGAAACUUUAAUUUCAUCUUAAAGUGGAGGACCCGCAUGAGAGAUUGAUUUUGGAGGACAAAGGCAGACAUCAGGGAGGUGAGUGGCGGGUUUACCCUCAGAGGGGGUAAAAAAAAAAAAAAAAAAAACAUGACUGUAGUGUCCCAGGACAAUAAGGACGAGGCUGUGACUAUCACCCCUUUGUUACGCGAUGCUGCAGACUUGGAACCUGCGGACCAGGAGUGCAGCGAACGGGUGAUCAUCAACAUAUCGGGCCUGCGCUUCGAGACGCAGCUGAAAACACUGUCGCGCUUUCCGGCCACGCUGCUGGGGGAUCCGCGUAAAAGGACGCGCUUCUUCGAUCCGCUGAGGAACGAGUUCUUCUUUGACAGGAACAGACCAAGCUUUGAUGCAAUCCUCUAUUAUUACCAGUCAGGUGGGAGGCUCAGGAGGCCCGCGGGUGUACCUGUGGACAUUUUCCUGGAGGAGCUCAAGUUUUAUGAACUUGGAGAGGAGGCUAUAGAGCUGUACAAGGACGAUGAAGGGUUGCCGAGGGAGGAGGAGCGGCCACUGCCGAACAACACCUACCAGCGGCAGCUCUGGCUCCUGUUUGAGUACCCAGAGAGCUCCGGACCCGCACGCUCCAUCGCCAUUGUCUCUGUUAUGGUUAUUUUGAUAUCUAUUAUUAUAUUCUGCUUAGAGACUUUACCGGAGUUCAGAGAGUUGCCCCCAGAGCCAGAGCAGCACGCAAAUGGAAGCGCAAACAGCAAAGCGCCCAAUCCCUUCACAGAUCCCUUCUUCAUGGUGGAGACGCUUUGUAUCGUGUGGUUCUCCUUUGAGUUCACCAUGAGGUUCCUGUCUUGUCCCAGCAAAGCGGCGUUCUUUAAAAACAUCAUGAACCUGAUAGAUGUGGUGGCCAUCGCGCCCUACUUCAUCACCCUGGGCUUGGAUCUGGCGGAGCAUGAGGGCAGCAGUCAGCAGGCGGCCUCUCUGGCCAUCCUGAGGGUCAUCAGGUUGGUGCGCGUCUUCAGGAUCUUCAAGCUCUCCAGACACUCCAAAGGCCUGCAGAUCCUGGGCCAGACUCUCCACGCCAGCCUUCGGGAGCUGGGGUUGCUCAUAUUCUUCCUCCUCAUUGGAGUUAUUUUGUUCUCCAGCUCGGUUUAUUUCGCUGAAGUUGAAGACCCUGACACGGUUUUUUCCAGUAUACCUGAUGCGUUCUGGUGGGCUGUGGUGACGAUGACCACGGUGGGCUACGGAGACAUGUAUCCCUCCACUAUCGGAGGGAAAUUCGUUGGAUCCUUGUGCGCAAUCGCCGGAGUGCUGACCAUAGCUCUACCUGUUCCUGUCAUUGUGUCAAAUUUCAACUAUUUCUACCACAGAGAGAACGAGGAGGAGGAAAAUGUGCAGUACAUCCAUGUGACCUGUGGGCAGCCGGAGCACCAUCCCUCUUUUGGGGAAACGGAUUCCAUAAAAAGCGACCAGUCUCUCUCCAAAACCGAGUCCUAUCAGGAGAGCGAUGAGCUGGGAAUCCUGACUCAUCCAAACGCAACUCAGCCAGUGAAUUACGCAGGGCAGCUGACAGAUGUGUAAACAGGAAACGAGUUGUUUCUGGAAAGGGACACUAUGUGAUCUUCUGCUGCUGUAGCACAUCUGCAUCUGCUUCAAGGUUCGACAUGUUGGUAUUCAAAGG